GUGGCCGCGGACUCAGAGCUCGGACUGAGCGGCUGGCAAAGCCCGCACCUGCCGCCCCCGCCCUGCCCUACCUCAGCUCCUGCUCCUGUCUUCUUGCCACCUCUCCCAGGCCUGAAACAAGCGGGCCCGAGAUAGAGAGAAAAGGAAGGAAAGAGAGUAUUCGGGAGUCGCUCCGGGUGCCUCAGGAGCCUCCGCGUCCUCUGCGCCCUGGGAUCCGUCGGGGCCCGCGCCGUCUGACCGUCAGUGCGCGCCGGGCCCGAAGGGAGCCGGGAGGAGCCGGCCUGGGGGGGAUGCGCCCUGGUCCCCCGGCGGCCGGCACCGGGCACCGGGGUCCGGGCAGCGCAGCGCUAAGACAGGCAGUGGCAGCGAAAGCAGGCGGCCAGGAAUCAUGGUCCGUUUCGGGGACGAGCUGCCCGGACGCUAUGGAGGAGCGGGCCCGGCAGGUGGGGGUCGGGGUGGCGGUGGGUCCGGGGCUGGGCCCGGGGGCCUGCAGCCCGGCCAACGCGUGCUCUACAAACAGUCCAUCGCUCAGCGGGCCCGGACUAUGGCCCUGUACAACCCCAUCCCCGUCAAGCAAAACUGCUUCACCGUCAACCGUUCACUCUUCAUCUUCAGCGAAGACAACGUCGUCCGCAGAUACGCCAAGCGCGUCACAGAAUGGCCUCCCUUUGAGUACAUGAUCCUGGCGACUAUCAUUGCCAAUUGUAUCGUCUUAGCCUUGGAACAACACCUUCCUGAUGGAGACAAGACUCCCAUGUCUGAAAGGCUGGAUGACACCGAGCCCUAUUUCAUUGGGAUAUUUUGUUUUGAAGCUGGGAUCAAAAUCAUCGCCUUGGGCUUCGUUUUCCACAAGGGCUCAUACUUGAGGAAUGGCUGGAAUGUGAUGGAUUUCGUGGUAGUCCUCACAGGGAUUCUGGCCACAGCUGGCACUGAGUUUGACCUCCGGACCCUGCGAGCUGUGAGAGUGUUAAGACCAUUGAAGCUGGUGUCAGGAAUUCCAAGUCUCCAGGUUGUGCUCAAGUCCAUCAUGAAAGCAAUGGUGCCCCUGCUACAGAUUGGCCUCCUGCUUUUCUUUGCCAUAGUCAUGUUUGCCAUCAUUGGACUUGAGUUUUACAUGGGCAAGUUUCACAAAGCCUGCUUCCCCAAUAACACAGUGGACCCACAAGCAGAUCCCGUGGGAGACUUUCCCUGCGGCACUGAUGCCCCAGCCCGACAGUGUGAGAAUGGCUAUGUCUGCCGAGAAUACUGGCGUGGACCCAACUUUGGCAUUACCAAUUUUGACAACAUCCUGUUUGCAAUCCUGACUGUGUUCCAGUGUAUCACGAUGGAGGGCUGGACAGAUAUCCUCUACAAUACUAAUGAUGCAGCGGGGAAUACCUGGAACUGGCUUUAUUUCAUCCCUCUCAUCAUCAUUGGAUCUUUCUUCAUGCUCAACCUGGUUCUGGGAGUGCUCUCAGGGGAAUUUGCCAAAGAGCGAGAAAGGGUAGAAAAUCGCAGGGCCUUCCUGAAGCUCCGCAGGCAGCAGCAGAUUGAACGGGAGCUUAAUGGUUACUUGGAGUGGAUCUUUAAGGCUGAGGAAGUCAUGCUGGCAGAGGAGGACAAGAAUGCAGAUGAGAAGUCUCCUUUGGAUGUGCUGAAGAGGGCAGCCACCAAGAAAAGUAAAAAUGACCUGAUCCAUGCAGAAGAGGGAGACGAUCGCUUUGCAGACCUUUGUUCUGUUGGUUCUCCAUUUGCUCGAGCUAGUCUGAAGAGUGGGAAAAAUGACAGCUCUUCCUAUUUCCGGAGGAAAGAGAAGAUGUUUCGCUUCUUCAUCCGCCGCAUGGUGAAAGCCCAGACUUUCUACUGGAUUGUCCUCUGUGUUGUGGCUCUGAACACGCUGUGUGUGGCUAUGGUUCACUAUCACCAGCCCCAGAGGCUCACCAACGCACUGUAUUUCGCGGAGUUUGUUUUCCUGGGGCUCUUUCUCACUGAGAUGUCUCUGAAGAUGUACGGCCUGGGGCCCAGAAAUUAUUUCCAUUCGUCCUUCAACUGUUUUGACUUUGGGGUCAUUGUGGGAAGCAUCUUUGAAGUCAUCUGGGCAGCGAUCAAGCCAGGAACUUCGUUUGGUAUCAGUGUGCUGAGGGCUCUCCGGCUGCUGAGGAUUUUCAAAGUCACCAAGUACUGGAAUUCCCUUCGGAACCUGGUGGUCUCCCUGCUGAACUCCAUGAAAUCCAUCAUUAGCCUGCUCUUCCUUCUCUUCCUGUUCAUCGUGGUGUUCGCCCUGCUUGGGAUGCAGCUCUUUGGAGGACAGUUCAAUUUUAAAGAUGAGACUCCGACCACCAACUUUGAUACUUUUCCAGCUGCAAUUCUCACUGUAUUCCAGAUCCUGACGGGUGAAGAUUGGAAUGUAGUGAUGUAUCACGGGAUCGAAUCCCAAGGUGGAGUCAGCAAAGGAAUGUUCUCUUCUUUUUAUUUUAUCAUCCUGACGCUGUUUGGAAACUACACCCUCCUGAAUGUCUUCCUGGCUAUUGCUGUGGACAAUCUUGCCAAUGCCCAGGAGCUGACCAAGGAUGAGGAGGAGUUGGAAGAAGCAGCCAAUCAGAAGCUUGCUUUGCAGAAAGCCAAGGAGGUCGCUGAAGUCAGUCCCCUGUCUGCUGCCAAUAUCUCCAUAGCAGCCAAGCAGCAGAACUCAGCCAAGGCCAGGUCGGUGUGGGAGCAGCGCACCAGUCAGAUUCGUCUACACAAUUUCCAGGCCAGCUGCGAGGCCCUGUACAGUGAGAUGGACCCUGAGGAGCGCCUCCGCUACACCACCACCCUCCACAUCCGGCCUGACAUGAAGACUCACCUAGAUCGACCACUAGUGGUGGAACCCCGUAGAGAAGAAGGGGUCCGGGCCCCCACGGGCAAGCCGGGGCUGGGGAGUGCGGCUGCAGAGGGCCCCGAGGUUCCCCGCAGCACCACCGGCACAGGGAGAAGGAAAAGGAGAAAGAAAGGACAAGUCAGGGCUGGGGAGCAGCAGGAGAAGGGAGAAGGGCUCAGGGAGGAAAAUGGGGAAUCGGGCGUCACCUGUAAAGAGGAACGGCACCGGCAGCGCCGGAGCAGAAGCAAGGAGACCGGGGGGAAAAAAGAGGGGAAAUGCGAGCGUUCCAGGGGCCAGGAAGGGGGCCGGAGGCACCACCGCCGGGGUUCUGUGGAGGAUGUCACUACUGAGAAGGAGCACCGGCGGCACCGUGCCCAUCGGCACUCGGCAGAGCCACCCGGCAAAGAAGGCAAUGGCACCGUGAGUGGGGCCAGGACUGAGCGCCGAGCACGGCAUCGGGGAGGCUCCCGCUCAGGGACCCGGGAAGGAGAGCCUGGACCCAAGGGAGAGAAUGGAGAGGAGCCCCGGAGGCACAAGACCAGACACAAAGCCCUCUCCAUGUAUGAAUCGGUGGAAAAGGAACCUGGAGAGAAGGGGGAGACUGUGGAGAAGGAGCUGCGGAAUCAUCAGCCCAAGGAGAAUCAAUGUGAGGCAGAGGCCAGUGGCGGGAUGGUGGCCAUCCCCAUUCAUACCCUGCCCAGUACCUGUCUGCAGAAGGUGAGCGAGCAGCCAGAAGAUGCAGACAACGAGAAGAAUGUGCACCGCAUGACCCAACCAUCCCUGGAAACCCUCACCAUACGCAUCCCAGUGACCCUGACUGCCCCUGGAGAGACCACAGUUGUUCCAAUGAAUAACGUCGACUUUGAAGGUAAAAUAGAAGAGAAGAAGGAUGCGGAGGCCGGUGCUGGGACAAGGAGUGGACCCCGGCCAAUUCUCCCCUACAGCUCCAUGUUCUGCUUAAGCCCCACCAACCUGCUCCGACGUGCCUGCCACUACAUCGUGAAUAUGCGUUACUUUGAAAUGGUCAUCCUUGGGGUCAUCGCCCUCAGCAGCAUUGCUCUGGCUGCUGAAGACCCAGUACUAGCCGACUCACCCAGGAACAAUGUUCUGAAGUACAUGGAUUACAUUUUCACUGGGGUCUUCACCUUCGAGAUGGUAAUCAAGAUGAUUGACCUGGGACUGCUGCUUCAUCCCGGCUCCUAUUUCCGUGACCUGUGGAACAUUCUGGACUUCAUUGUGGUCAGUGGGGCCCUGGUGGCUUUUGCCUUCUCAGGAAAAGGGAAAGACAUCAGCACAAUCAAGUCACUGCGAGUGCUCCGAGUCCUGCGGCCUCUGAAGACCAUCAAACGCUUGCCAAAACUAAAGGCCGUGUUUGACUGUGUGGUCAAUUCUCUGAAGAAUGUCCUCAAUAUCCUCAUUGUCUACAUGCUCUUCAUGUUCAUCUUUGCCGUCAUUGCUGUGCAGCUCUUCAAAGGAAAAUUCUUCUAUUGCACAGAUGAAUCUAAGGAGCUGGAGAGGGAUUGCAGGGGUCAAUAUUUGGAUUAUGAAAAGGAUGAAGUGGAAGCCCAACCCAGACAAUGGAAGAAAUAUGAAUUUCACUAUGACAACGUGCUCUGGGCUUUGCUGACUCUUUUCACGGUGUCUACAGGAGAAGGGUGGCCAAUGGUACUAAAACAUUCAGUGGAUGCAACCUAUGAAGAACAGGGCCCAAGCCCUGGCUUCCGGAUGGAAUUGUCCAUCUUCUAUGUGGUCUACUUUGUUGUGUUUCCCUUUUUCUUCGUCAAUAUCUUUGUGGCAUUGAUCAUCAUCACCUUCCAGGAGCAGGGGGACAAAGUGAUGUCAGAAUGCAGCCUGGAGAAGAAUGAGAGGGCUUGCAUAGACUUUGCCAUCAGUGCCAAGCCCCUGACCCGUUACAUGCCUCAGAACAAGCAGUCCUUCCAGUACAAGACAUGGACGUUUGUGGUGUCCCCACCCUUUGAGUAUUUCAUCAUGGCCAUGAUUGCCCUCAACACUGCUGUCUUGAUGAUGAAGUUCUAUGGCGCCCCCUAUGAGUAUGAAAUGAUGCUGAAGGGCUUGAAUAUUGUAUUCACUUCGAUGUUCUCUAUGGAGUGUGUCCUGAAGAUCAUCGCCUUUGGGGUGCUGAACUAUUUCAGAGAUGCCUGGAAUGUUUUUGAUUUUGUAACAGUAUUGGGAAGUAUUACUGAUAUUUUAGUAACAGAGAUUGCGAACAACUUCAUCAACCUGAGUUUCCUAAGGCUCUUCCGGGCAGCCCGACUCAUCAAGUUGCUUCGCCAGGGCUACACCAUCAGAAUUCUCCUGUGGACCUUUGUCCAGUCCUUCAAGGCUCUGCCAUAUGUCUGCUUGCUGAUUGCCAUGCUAUUCUUCAUCUAUGCCAUCAUUGGCAUGCAGGUCUUUGGAAACAUUGCUCUUGAUGAUGAAACUAAUAUCAGUCGGCACAAUAACUUUCGGACAUUCCUACAAGCCUUGAUGUUGCUGUUCAGGAGUGCCACAGGGGAGGCCUGGCAUGAGAUCAUGUUGUCGUGUCUCAGCAACCGUCCCUGUGACCCUGAGACCAAACUAAAAGAUGAAUGUGGGAGUGACUUUGCUUAUUUUUACUUCGUCUCUUUCAUCUUCCUCUGUUCCUUUCUGAUGCUGAAUCUCUUUGUGGCUGUGAUCAUGGAUAAUUUUGAGUACCUGACUCGAGACUCUUCCAUCCUAGGGCCUCACCAUCUGGACGAGUUUAUUCGGGUCUGGGCUGAAUAUGACCCAGCUGCAUGUGGGCGCAUCAGUUACAGUGACAUGUUUGAGAUGCUGAAACACAUGUCCCCACCCCUCGGCCUGGGAAAGAAAUGCCCUGCUCGAGUUGCCUAUAAGCGCCUGGUGCGAAUGAACAUGCCCAUUUCCAAUGAGGACAUGACUGUGCACUUCACUUCCACCUUGAUGGCCCUCAUCCGGACGGCUCUGGACAUCAAACUUGCACCAGCUGGGAUGAAACAACAUCAGUGUGAUGCAGAAUUGAGGAAGGAGAUUGCAUCUGUUUGGGCUAAUCUGCCCCAGAAGACACUGGACUUGUUGGUGCCACCACAUAAACCUGAUGAGAUGACUGUGGGAAAAGUCUACGCAGCUCUGAUGAUUUUUGACUUCUACAAGCAGAACAAAAACACCCGCGACCAAGGUCACCAGCCUCCGACAGGUCCUGUGUCUCUGUUCCACACCCAAGGCCAACCUGCUGUGCUCCGAGGUGCUAGAGUGUUCUUGAAACAGAAGAGUUCGACCUCCCUCAGCAAUGGUGGAGCUCUACCACACCCAGGGAGUGGCAUCAAGGAGUCUGUCUCAUGGGGCACCCAACGCACCCAGGAUGUCUGCUAUGAGACCAGAAUGCCCCUGGAGCGUGGUCAUUCUGCAGAAAUUCCUGUGGGACAACCCAGCAAACAAACUGUAGAGAUGCAAGAGAUGGCCCAGGAUGUCACUAGUGGAGAGCCCCAGCCAGGGUUGGAGAGCCAGGGCCGAGCAGCCUCCAUGCCCCGCCUGGCAGCAGAGAUGCAGCCCAUUCCAGACACAAGCCCCAUGAAACGUUCGAUCUCCACAUUGGCCCCGCAGCGCCCACAUGGCUCACACCUUUAUGAAUAUGGCCUGGAACGUGUAUCCUCAGGCCAGCCUCAGCAUCACCACCAUCAUCGCUGUCACCGGCGCAGGGAUAAGAAGCAGAAAUCUUUGGACAAAUGCCCUAGUCAGUCAGCAGAUGGAGAUGUGGCACCAAACCACAGUGUGGGGAUGACAGCUCCAUCAGGGGAAGGUGCAGCCCCAUGUAAACAUGAGAGGAAGCAAGAAAGGGGACGGUCCCAGGAGCGGAAGCAGCUCUCUUCUUCCUCUUCAGAGAAGCAGCGUUUCUACUCUUGUGAUCGAUUUGGGAGCCGGGACCCAUCGCAGCCCAAAUCUUCCAGUGGGAGUCGUCCCACAUCACCUCCUGGGGGGCAGGAUCCAGGUUCCCAUAGACAGGGUAGUGGUUCAGUUAAUGGGAGCCCUCUGCUGUCAACAUCUGGUGCUAGCACACCGGGCCGUGGUGGGCGGAGGCAGCUCCCCCAGACACCUCUGACCCCCCGCCCCAGCAUCACUUACAAGACUGCCAACUCCUCGCCUGUCCACUUCACGGGUCUCCAGACCAGCCUCCCCACCUUCUCCCCGGGACGGCUCAGUCGGGGGCUUUCCGAGCACAACGCCCUGCUCCAGAGGGAUUCUCUCAGCCAGCCGCCAACCCCCGUGUCUCGGAUUGGCUCUGACCCGUAUUUGGGGCACCGCGACCACAGUGACUCCUCCUAUCGGGCCCUGCCAGAGGACACACUCACUUUUGAGGAAGCCGUCGCCACCAACUCGGGCCGUUCAUCGAGGACUUCCUAUGUGUCCUCUCUGACGUCCCAGUCCCACCAUCUCCGUCGUGUGCCCAAUGGUUACCAUUGCAGUCUGGGGCUCAGCUCCGGCCCGGGGACUGGCAGCAACAGGGCACGGCAGAGCUAUUAUCACCAAGCCGAUGAAGACGACUGGUGCUAGCAUCCCGGCAAAAAUACACAGCACACACCCAACUUGGCAGGUCUGUGUGUGUUACAGUUGAUGAGUUUUAUCAUCUGAAGGCUGGGUCCCUCCCUCCCCCAACCCGGGCAUGCUCGGGACUGCAGAGGCAAUUAGCAUGAUGACUGGGAAGGAGCUUGCCCCCAGGACUGCUCUUUGGGGGAAAUCUGCUGCUCUUUAUGUCUCCCUCCCUCCCUCCCUCAUGCUUUCCUCUCUCUCUCUGUGUCUUCGUCUCCGUGCCUCUUUGUCUUUCUCUCCCUGUCUUUAUCUCUGUGUCAGUCUCCCUUUCUACCUUGUUUGACUUUCUCUCUGUCUGUCUGUCUGUGUCUUUCUCUCUCUCUCUGCACUGGACAGAUCAAUAAAAUCUUUUCUUUUUCUUUUUUUUUUAAGGGAUGUGUUUUUUUCCAUCCCUCCCUUGUCCGCUGCCUUGCUGAGUCUCAUACCAUACAUUUGAAAUUUACAUCAGUGGCCAAGAAGGCAAUGGUGGACUUUCACCCCACAUGAAAUGGGCCUGAUUUGUGGAGUAUAGUAUUUGUGAUCUGGGCUUUUCUUUUUUCUUUUUCUUUCUUUCUUUCUUUUUUUUUUAAGGGGGUCUAAUUCUUGUCCAGAAUGGACCUGUAUCUUACCUUGUUUAAUUGUAUGGGAUGAGGGGGCAAAAUCUACCUAAAAGCUCUUGAGAACUAAGGCUGGAGGGGGAUUCAUUUAGACAUAAUGGUUUAAAAGAGCUCCUUUUUUCCAAGGAGUCCAAACCUUGAAGUUCAAAGUGUCCUAAGCCGGCAGAUCUCUCUGCAUUCAUAUGACAUGUCCACUUCUGCCAGUUCAUACAUUAUACCACCAAACCACCCCAGAGAUCCCACACAAAGCUGCUCAGUCCUCCUUCCCCUAAGGACAUAUUACAAAACUUGAUGAGGACUAUCUGGAAAGAGUCCUUGCUGCUGAUAGUUUUCCAAUUGCAAACCCUCCACACCCUCACCAUUUUGUCUUGUUUAGGUAUACUUUCUUUUUUCCUUUUUUCUUUUUUCCCUGGGAAGGGGGAGGCACAGAAAAAGAGAAGAGAAAGGAUAGGGAGAAGUAAAUGUAAUUGGUUUUAUAUCCAUCCAGGAGCUAGAACUAACUUUUCAUUGUGUGCAUUUUUGUAAAUUGUACAGUAAACAAGGAAAAUGAUCUCAUGUAGAGAAUUCGUCCAGUGUCAUUCUGGGUCCCACAAAAUCUGUCCACUGUUCCAGUCACUCACUACCAAGUGCCUAACCUUUGAAAUGUUUCACAUUGAUAAUGCAGCCUCCUGCUUUCCUUCAUCCAGCCUUGUGGGGAAAGAAGGAACCUGGAAGGCAUGUCAUGCUUGAGUCCUGUAUGAAAUUUCCAUGUGUGUAUUUUGCAGACACUGUUAAAAACAGAAACCAACUGAAAAACUGACAAAAACAAAGACUUGAUUUGUAUAUUGUUGGAUGGGGAGUUUACAAUGGAAAGAGAGGAAAAAAGAUCAAAAUUGUAAAAAAAAAUAGUUCCCCCCUAUCCUUGGGUAGCACUGAGGGUGCCAUCAAGAGACAAACCAGUGGAGAGAUGUUGGAAAACUUGUGAUGGUAAACAGCAAACAGGCUCUCUUCAUGGCUAUCAUUCCCUUGGUUGGGGAAGUUCUGACAAUGUUAUGGUUGUGUAUAGAUUGUUUUGAGUGUGGUUAGAGAGAGUAUUGUUCAUUGUUUCCUGUUCAUAAUCUGAUUCUCAGGGAUGAGACACCUAUUUUUUUUUUUUGUGGGAGGGGUGGUGAUGAUAGUGAAUGUCUACCUUUUGAGUGUAUGUGAAGGGGGGUGGGGUAGAGAGAAUUUUCAUUCCAGAUAAAGGGGGAAGUGGGUAGCUAGAAGUGAAGACAGGCUUUGGGAGGGAGGUGGUCACUGAAAGGACAAGGUCAUAAGAGAAUAGAUUCAGAUCUGGAUAGCACCUUUGAGGUCAUCUAGUCUCACCCUCUUAUUUUACUGAGCCCCAGAGGGAUUAGGUGACUUGUCCCACAAAUAGUAGGUGGCAGGGGAAGGAUUUGAACUGAAAUCCUCAGAUUCUCAUUCGAGCAUUAUUUUACAUUGUACCUGUGUGUACAUUGUGCUGACUGACUUCAGAGCCAAGAUCCCCUGAAGGGGCAGGGAGCAGGCAAGCACUGUGGAACACAGGGCAGACCCUAAUAGUUUCUUCAUAUCUUGAGAGCCAGAGGAAGAGAUGAAUGGAGCAAAAAAGUGUGGCAUAGGAGUUGAGGGAAUAACUAACUAUAGGACAGCACAUGAGAUCCCACUCCCCACCCACAAGGGAAAACAUAGCCUGUCAUCACAGAAUGGCCUUUUCAACUUAGUUUAGCUUGGAACAGCCAGACCAGUAGCUGUCCCCUACUUGCUGGGCCAGGGAGCACAGGUGGAGGGAUGGAAAGCUGGGAAAGACAAACACUAGCAGAAGCUUGGUAGUAGUUAUCUGCAAAGCCAGCUUUGCACAAGGGAACCCUUUGGGGAAUUACCCAGAAGGCAUCAAAACCCUUUGUCUUCUGGAGAAUAAGUGUGUAUCCAGACCAAGGGCCUCACACUGUUUCCUUUAGUGUUUACAUUUCAAAAGUUCAGAUGCUUUUGUAGUUGACUUCUUUUUAAAUGUCUACUAGUUCUCAUCCCUGGGUUCUACUAAAAGACAACUUUGGUGUGAAUGCAUGUGUGAACUUUGACACACUACAUGGUGCCGAGAUAUGCUGAGGUAUGUGUGCACCUGUGUGUGUGUGUGCAUGUGUGUACUACAAUGCCACAAGGUGCAGAGAGGUAUGUUGAGGUAUGUUAAGUUGAGUGGGUAUAAUUUAACCCUUAGGGCUAUGCAACACAAUGACACUCAAAAGCAACCAAUGGAACAAGACUUUCAUCCAUUUUGUGGCUUUACCUGCUGGAUUCUCUGUUUGGGGCUCAGCAUAAUUGUGACCAAAUGUUUGAUAUAUUUCCCUUAACACAAAGGCACAACAUUCUGGCAUUUUAAAGGAGCCAGAGGAUUUUAAUUCAAUGAGCUAAAAAGCAAAAGACAGUCCCUAAUGGCAUAUGUGGCCAUUGUUCCCACAGUGAUAGGUGGCAGGACCUUUGGGGGGGGGGGUAAUUGGGUUUUAUCUUUCCCUAGCCCCAGUAUCCCACCUAUUUCCCCAUCUUUCCUUGUAAUACUUUUCACAGUUAAAAAAAAAAAAGUUAAAAUUCUAUACAGUACCAUGGCUGUGUUUUCAUAGAAGGUGUUAGGUCAUUGACAGUCUUGCCUAGACCUUAUUAUCACUUCCACAGCCUCAGUUUCUCAUCUGCAUCCUCUCUUAAGGUGAUAAAGGAGAUGGGGAGGAGUGUCCUGGGUUAGGCCAUUCCUCCACUUGGGAAGAACUAAGGGAAGAAGAGAGAGGAAACCAGAAUAUUGUUCCCAUGGUCCUGUCUUCCUUACUUGGGGUUUGGUCUUACCAUCUUUUCAUACACCUACAUCUCAAAUCCCAUAGUGAGUUGCCAAACUUUAAAUGCAUCAACCAGUUUUCUGCAUCUGGAAUCAGUCUAGCAGUGGCUGUACUUUGAAUAAGUCAUGUUUGCAUGUAAAAUAUAUACAUAUAUACAUAUAUAUACACACACACAAGUAUGUGCAUGGAAAAUGUUUAUCUUCGUACUUUUUUGAUACAAUGUAUUCUUCAGUUGUUCAUUUUUAAUUAUAUUUGAUAUAAAUUGAGGGUUUGUUGCAAAACUUUAUAUUUAAGAACAGUGUUAAAAAAAAAGAUGUCCCAAUCAUGCAACACAACUGGGGCUUAAAAAAAAAAAGUUAUGUGAUUGACUAGUUUGCUGCCUGAGUCAUAUUUAUCAGCCAAACUUUGGAUUCUGCUGUUGUUUCUACAAUGACAUUUUGUAUGAAGCAAAGUCCUUGAAUUAAAAUAAAAACUUAGCAAAAAAUAAACCAAACCAAUAUGCUGCGCCAGAUGAUGUGUGCAGUGGGGACUGUAGGUGGGAGCUCUCCAAUGAUGAGGACAAUCCUGACUUGAAAUAACUCUUUGUUGGAUUUCACCUGUGCUGACACAGUUGUGUGAUAAUAACAUGGAGAUGCUUUUAAAAGGGGGAAACUGGUUUAUCUGAGGUGCAGAUCCAGUUACACUGCUGAAUUGUAGAGAAGAAAACCCAUCUGAUUUGCCUUAAUUCACUCUGACUGUGGAUUCUCAGUUCAUCUGAGAGCUUGGGUGGCCCAGGUGGGUGACAGAGCUGUUCAGAUAAGGAGCCUGGCCUGGAUGCUACCAGUGUCUGUCCUUCCACAAGUCCACAAUUUGCCCAAAGGGGUCAAUACCCUCGACAUACCUUCAAGUAGAACACUCAUUGGUCCUGGAUAUAAUAAUGGUCCUUCCAGGUUUGUGUUGUGCCCUAGAAUACUUACAGAUAUCAGCUUCUGAUGGAGAUUGCACUGCGAUAGAAGCAUUAGUACAAUAGAAUCUUAGAACCAGAAGAAACCUUAGAGACCACUUAGUCUGACCCAUCAUUUGUACAGAUAAAGGAUACCGAAGCCUAGAAUGGGGAGGAAACUUGCCUAAAGUCACAUAGAUAAUUAUUUAAUAGAGGCAGCACUAGAAUUCUUAUCUCCUGAUUACUGGGUCCAACACUACAACCUAAUAUAUCUCUGUUCCCUCCACUGACUUUUCUUAUUGCUUCAGCAUUUCUAGUACCAUAUUAUAGGUCCAAACUACCCCCAAAUGCUGCAUAAACAGAAUUCACCUAGACAUGCAGGAAUUCUGGGUUCCCAAUUGUUCAUACAAAUUCUGAGUACUACCCAUAUAUUCAACCUGUGGUGGCAUAUAUCUUCCUUAAGAUUCUGGAGAGAUGGGGACAGGAGUGGGAAAAGAUGAGCAUAGGAAUGGUGAGAAGUAGACAGAAUACAUUACAAAGUCAUUAAAGCAACUGGGAAUGCUUAAAUCUGGAAGACAUUCCCAGUUUUUUAACACCUCAAAAAAUAAGCGGGUAAAAAAAAAUCCUCUUAUGUCCAAUGAGUGACAGAGAAAAAGAGACCAAGCUGAGUUUCUGUUACCAAUGCCCGUCAGAUCUAGGAGAUAGAUCCAAGGCUCUGCCCUUUCUAUUCCCACAUCUAAGCUUUGACCCACUGGGUUAGAAUUUCAGAAGAUUAAAGCUGGUUAUGCCUCAGGGGUAGGGGAGUCUGGUACCACAGGAUUAGACUCAUCAUUGUUGUUAUAUAACAUUACAUCUGAAAAGAAUAUGCAAAGCUGUCUAAAGACUUUUCACAUUUCAUCAUCUUAGUGAUGCCCCUGGUGCUAUCCUCCUCCUCAAAUUCCAAUUUUGAUCAUUUUCAUUCAUUAAGAGUAAAAUGGGGUGGUUCUAGUAUGUAUUUACAUAUUAACAGAUCAAGUACUCAAGUCAAUAACUCCAGAUGCCUGCCAAGCCAACCUCUACCAUCAUAGCAUUUGACUCUCUUAGCUGCCAGCCAGCAUGACUGGUCAUGCACAUCCAGAGUGACAGAUUGCAGCCCUGUCACCUCCAUUCACCAGUCUUAUGUGGCUGAAACUUUGCCUCUACUCUGGAAUUUGUGGAGAGAUACCAGCUUUCAUUUACAGAAUUUAUCCCCAGUGUCUAGGUCUCAGUAUCUACAACUUCUACUAGGAUACUUUGCCAGACCAGCCCCUUCUGCCAUGACCAUCACUUAAUUAAGAUAAGUAAAUCAAAGCAAAAUUUUGAUGCUAAAAAAAAAUCCAAGUGACAAAUUUUCCCCAGAAAUGCAAACUAGAUGUUGCACAAAAUGCCAACAAGUGAAAUAAACUGGUUAAUAAGUAUAUGAAGAAAAUUAAUGGAAUACUUGUAUUUAAAAACUCAAUACUGAUAUAUUAGGAAUAAAGGAAUUUGUAAGGACAGCAAGAGAUAAUGGUUUGAAAUAUGAAAAUGCAAAGUAACACUGAAGAUCUAAAAUCGGUAAUAACAAAUGAUAGAAAAAGUGAAUAAUGUAUCUGCCAUGUCAAUAUGGGUUUUCCCUUAAUCAGUAUGGAUUGCACCCAUUUAUGCUUUCUCAUCCAAUGCAUUUAUUGUACUUCAUGUUCUUCCAUCUGUCUGUCCUCCACAGAGGAUUCUCCCAACAUACUGAAGGCCUCCUACAUUUCAUGGGUACCAAGUGAGCACUCAAGCUAUCACCUGUUUUCACUCACUCCUGCCACAUGAUUUCAUAAAAAAAAAAAAAAAAGUGUUUUACCAAGACUAUGGCUACUUCAAAGAGUUAGUACAUCGAUGAUUUUUUUCUGGUAUAGGUACUGCAAAUGGGCAACAAGAUGGACCCAGAAUUGAAUGAAGGAAGAGAUCAAACUGAAUUGCAUUUGUUAAAUUGUAAAAGUACUUUGUCAUAUAAAGCACAAAACCCAAUAUUUUAAAGAUAAGUGGUCUACAAUGUAAAUGUAGAUUUUGGCACACUACUAUGUCUGAUAAAAAUUGCAUGUAAACCAAAAGAAAAUGGAGAAAUACUUGGCGGGCAUAAGUAGACUGUGAAAUAUUUCAAAGGAUGACUUCUAUUCAAGGAUGAUGUAAGGGAUAUUAUCAAGGAAAUAUAUCAUCCACAUAGGAGGUGAGCCCAAAUCACGUAGAGUGUGAGAUUACAAAUGGACAGUCUGAGGGAUGCACUGGGACUUUCUUACUAUAAAAAGACCUAAGAAAAUCCUCUGGUAUGUAUAGUAGAUACUUUAUGGAGGAUCUCCAAGAGAAAAUAAACAGGAAUCAUACAAGAUGAGAAGGCAUAGAUGGAGGGAAUACAUCCAUGUGAUCAUAGAUCCCCUGGGAUAUUGAAUAUUGAAGAAUAAACAUUUGGGCCACUAUGAAAACCCUCUGAUUUCUGGUUGGGCAGGACUGUGCAUUCUGGUAAAGAUGGUCUCUCUUUGUAAUUCCUACCAGGAUGUUAGUUGUGUUCUUCCAAUCCUCUUCCAGAAAUAAGAAAUUUAUGUACAUAAGAUUCACAGCUUUGCCACUACUUAUGUUUCCUGGGGAAGCAGCUCAUGACAGCAGUGCUUUCUCUAAACACAUCUAACUACUAUUUGGGACUGGCAGAUGCAGAAUUUUCAAGUCCAGUGAUUAAAAUCAGCAUGGAGGGCACUGAUUGCAUCAAUAAUUUUGGGUAGACCUAAUACCCUUCUUAUACCUCAAAUAGAUAUCUCAUAAUUCAAUGUAGUACUCUAUUACUGAGUUUCAAUUCUCAGAGUAGUUUGCUUUUGGGUAAAUAAGGCCUAAUUCUUCCAGGGUCAAAUCUCUUCAUUACGGUCAGUAUCACUAUUUGUAGGCCUUCAUCCUUUAUCUGAGGUUCUCACCAGUCAUUUCCAUUUUGGGUAUUAUUUGGGUAUUGGGGAAAAAUUAGCUAAGGGCUGUGUAAUUUAUUUCUACCUAAAGCAUAAUUUCUAGAGGAAGUUCCAGCUCUCCUGCAUUUUCAGGUGUCAAAGUCUCUUCUUUUUUUGAGUCACAGAUUAUGUUCAUCCACAUUGUAAAAAUCACCAUGGUCUUUGAUGCAAAACACCUAUUGGAUAGGUUUUCUGCAUCUAUGUUAUUUUUUCCCUACCCUAUAAUGAAUUCAUAGUUGGCCAGGGUGGCUAUCCAUCUCUCCUUAGAAGUAGCUUUUUUGGUAUGUAUUAGAAUAUAGCUAAAUGGAUUGUUGUUUAACCGUAACUGAAACUAAACAAUUAAAUAAAAUUUUGUUACUUUUAA